GCUGGCUAUAUUUUUAGGGCCACAUUAAAAUAAAUUUAAUAAUUCAGACACAAAAAAGCACAUUCGCCUCAUUUGUUUUUUCUUUUUCAUGUAUUCCUAUUGAACGCUUAAUUAACUUUACGUUGAAGACAGAAUCGCUGAUUAUAGGUCCUAUUCUUGCUAGCUUGAAUAGUAUGUGUUUCACAACUGAGUCGCGCAAAAGUGACGCAGCUGUGUCUAAAAAAAAUCCUCCUAAUUCAGAUAUGGCGGCGCUGCUGAGAGGUGUACGUGCUGGAAGGGCACUUCGGGGGCUGGGCAGCGUGGUGGCUGCACCAGCAGCAACAAACCUCCAGUGCAGCCGUCUGACACGAAGCUUCCACCGUGCAGCACCCAGGCUUCAAGACGACUUCAAGUCUGACAAACCCCCCUCCUCCUCAUCCACAACCUACCAUGAGCACUACCAGGCACAUUCUGCCAAACAAGACACAGCAGAAGCUUCCCAGGAAGACCCAACAUCUGAGGAAGCUUCCAGGCCAAACACCAGUUACCAGGACCAGGGUGGAGAGCAGGGCGAGGAAUACGAAACUGAGGAGCAGCUUCAAGUUCGAAUCCUGACGGCUGCUUUGGAGUUCGUGCCACUGCAUGGCUGGUCAGCGGAAGCCAUUGCUGCUGGUGCUGAGACACUGGGCCUGUCCUCUGCUUCCACUGGUAUGUUCAACAACGGAGCUGGAGACUUGGUCCUACACUUCAUCACCCAGUGCAACUCGCAGCUGACUGAGAUCCUGGCUGAACAAGACAAGCAGGUCCAGCUGGGCCAGGCUGAACCAAAGAAGACUGCUGACUUCCUAAGAGACGCUGUAGAGACCAGACUGAGGAUGUACAUCCCGUAUAUCGAAUCAUGGCCACAGGCAAUGAGCAUCCUGCUCCUUCCUCACAACAUCCCAGACAGCCUGAAGCACCUCUCCACCCUGGUGGACGACAUCUGGUACUACGCCGGAGACCGAUCCACAGACAUGAACUGGUACACCAAACGGGCAGUGCUGACAGGCAUCUAUAACACCACAGAGCUGGUGAUGCUUCAGGAUACGUCUCCAGACUUUCAGGACACCUGGAACUUCCUUGACAAUCGCAUUCAGGAUGCCGUCAACAUGGCCACUACAGCAAAACAGGUGCAGUCGACUGGUGAAGCCGUGGCGCAGGGGCUCAUGGGAGCUGCUGUUACACUGAAGAACCUGACAGGAAUGAACCAGAGACGAUGAUGUAAAACACCACUCACACUGAUCCUGACCGUCUGACUUGUGUCAUGAGCUGAAGAUCAAUUUCCUUUUUUUUCUCCUCCCUCCUCCUUAUUUCUGUUAAACUGUAUGAGUCUGAAAUUAUUGGAUUAUGGCUUUAAUUCAGCAAGAGAAAGUUAUCAUUUGUCACAGGUCAUAAGUGUCUCUUCACUUAUGACCUGUCUUCACCUGCAGAACCAGUGACUGUUUAUUUUGCACUGUCCAAGAUUUCACUGUCCUGCUCAGAUUAUUUUUCCCUUUGUGUAAAAGAGCUGCAAUUUUGUUGAUGGACUUCAAUAAAGUGGUUAUUAUUGUAUAUUAAA